AUGGAGAAGAAAGCCGCCAUCAUUGCACAAGUCCAAAGCAGUCGGUCGCAGACAGAGGUGGGUAGGGAGUUCGGAAUUUCGAAGCAAACUGUUUCGGACUUCAUCAAAAACAAGGCGAAGAUCUUAAAAGUGGCUGCCAAAUCUACCAGGGCUGGAAAGAAGAAUGUGAGUCAGGGUGUUUACCCGCAGCUCGAGGAAGCACUCCUCGUGUGGCUCAGUGCCAUGAUAGCCAAGAAAAUCCCGGUGUCAGGUGACAUCCUGAAGCAGAAGGCUGAGGUUUUCGCGCUUCAGAUGAACGUGAAGGACUUCAAGUUCAGCGAUGGAUGGCUUCGCAAUUUCAAGAGCUGCAAUGACUUGAAGUUCAAGAAGAUGUGCAAAGAAAGCGGCGCCGUCGACGAUUCCGUUGUCACCGAAUAUUGGGAUGGAAAGCUGCAGUCCUUGCUUCAGCAGUUUCCACCUAAUGAUAUUUUCAACUGCGACGAAACUGGAUUGUUUUACAAGCUGCUGCCAGAGAAAACGCUUGCAUUUGCUGGUGACUCCUGCCACGGCGGCAAGCACAGCAAAUAG